CCCGGUGCUGGCCCCACCUUCUCGGCUCCUCACACUCCCAGGGGCAAGCGGAGCCCUGGCCAGGCCUGGACACUUUGCUUCCCCCAAGUCAUUGAAGACACACCAGUGGUACACUCAACAGUGAUCACACUGCUUUUGUCCUAAUUGAUGAAAUGAGGAAGUAACUGAGGACAACGAAUGAGGGAAGUAGAGGAGAGAGACAAAAUGUAAUGAUUCAGACAAAUCAGAAGCAGUUUCCCUCUGGGCUCCGUUCAGUCCUGGAGGUCCCUGGCAUUUGUCGGUCCCCAGGGAGAGAACGUGGCACCAGGACCAUGUGGCUGCUCCCAGCUCUGCUCCUGCUGCUCCUCCCAGCUAAAUCUGCGACAACACACCCACCUGAACCCGUGACACCGUUCGCACCGGCCAGUCUGGCACCCUCGCCUCCGAUUGUCCAGAGUGGCAACAGCAGCUUGUCUCUCGCCAGAGGCUCCCAAAGGCCCGUCAAUAAGCCAUUCCACCAAAGGACCAACAUCCCAGCCCCUGGGUCAUCCAGUCACUGCCCGGUGGGCUCCCACGAGGUCCAGGGUCAAGGUCUGUUCUCUCCCUGGGUCCAGCCUCUCAGAAUCACCCUGCACUGGCUCACUUCUCUGCUCCAGCCCGUCACCCUCCCUUUCUUCGGGGUCCUGUUCCUUGCAGCCCAGCCCCCGCUGGCUCGUGUGUUCAUCAAUGAGUCCCAGUGAGGCGAGGCUUUGAGGGGCACCUGCCUCACCACCCGGCUUUGUCCUGCUCACAGCUGCUUGGAGAGCAGAGGUUCUGUUGAGCCAAGGGUGCGGAACGCAGGACUUUUACUGAGGCCGGAGAAGCACAAGGGAAAACUUGGCAGGGAGAGAGAAGGGCACAGCAGGAAGGAGGCCUCGUGCAAAGAGCACAGAGGAUAUUUUUAGGAGGUGUGAUACAGCGUGCCCUCUCUCCCUCGAGAAAACUGUGUGUGACGUCAGCAGGACUCAUCCUGCCCGAGGCAGGCUGAGACACAGACAGGGGUGGCCUGCAGGGUUGGGGGCACAUGGGUCCUAGCAGAGGGGGUGAGGCAUACAGUGAAGGGGACCGGAUUCUUACACGCUGAUAGGAACAUGUGUGACCCAGGGCCCAAUAGUCUCGCUAGACCAAGUGUCCCCUCUGUGGGACCCACGACAAAGUACAUCACAGGUACUCUCAGAUGGAGCUCAGAGCCACGAGAGGUCCCUCCCAGGAGAACCCAGCAGAGAACACCGGAUCACAGAUCUGAGUUGGAAAGAUGGGCAGAAUUUACAAAGGGAGAUAGAAGGCAGGGAGAAUAGUAGAAUAAGAAAGAUCAAAAGGGCAAACCUUUAUGCUCGGCGGGGCUGCAGGAUUCUUGACGAUGAGCUGUGGGAGACCAGCCAAAAGGCAGAAGGGAAACGGACCCCCAAGCUGAGCCAGAAUGGAGGCCUCCAAAGGCUUAGCCUUUGGGCAGUGUGACUGAGCCCCUCGGAGGGGAAGGGUCCGAGGCUUGCCUGUCACUCCAGUCUGGGCUGCGGGGGUUGGGGGCUGCCCCAGAAGAGUCUCACGCCUGUGGUCACGGUCCC